CGGUCCCUGGGCAGAAGUGCCGCCAUUAACCUGCCAACCGCCUGGAGCCCACCCUUCGACGCCCACCGCCCUCGCCGACCCCGAGAUCGCCCUAAGGCCUCCCCGGCCGCUGCCCUGUCCAGCCCGCGCUCCCGAGGCGCCUCAGCGUUCUCCAUGCUCCCCGCGCCCUCGCUGCCCGCCAUCGCGGCGGUCUCGCAGGUGCGCCUCAACUACCACCCGGCCUGUGAGGCCGCGGUCAACAGCCACAUCAACCUGGAGCUCCACGCCUCCUACGUGUACCUCUCCAUGGCCUUCUACUUCGACCGCGACGACGUGGCCCUGAAGCACUUCUCCCGCUACUUCCUGCGCCGGUCACACCAGGAGAGGGAGCGCGCGGAGAAGCUGAUGCGCCUGCAGAACCAGCGCGGGGGCCGCGUCUGCCUCUACGACGUCAAGAAGGCAGACAGCGACGACUGGGAGGGCGGGCUGCAGGCCAUCGCAUGCGCCGUCCACCUGGAGAAGAGCGUCAACCAGAGCCUCCUGGAGCGCACCAGCUGGCCACCAUCAAGGGCGACGCGCAGCUCUGCGACUUCCUGGAGAGCCACUACCUGCAGGAGGAGGUCGAGACCAUCAAGGAGCUGGGAAGCCACUUCACCAACCUGUGCAAGAUCGGGGCCCGGGACGCCGUCCUGGCCGAGUACCUCUUUGACAAGUUCACCCUGGGUGGCCGUGACAAGAAGAACUGAGCUGGGACUGUCCCCACAGCAACGGGUGCCUUCCCUGGGUCAGGCCACCAGCCUGGCGUGCAGAUUGCUCUUUCAGAAUGUUCACUUAAGUUUUUUCCUUUCAGUGUUACCAUUGUUUCCAAUAAAGUUAUCUGGUUCUUGAAACAGUAAA